CGAUCAGCCAGAAGCAAACGCAGGUAUAUAUAUGGCUGCCCCGUCUCCGAUCUUGGAAUCAGCAGUGUGAUCGGACUUGCGCCUACAUCUUCAGGGCAGUCUACUUAUCUUCUCAUUGCCUUCAAGCUCGACUCAAGGUCUCUCCAACACCAUGUCAAGCACCAACCGCCCCGCGGACCCAUUGGCAAAGGGUAUCAUCCCUACCGCCAAACAGGGUCUCAAGGACUUGUUCACCUGGGACCAACGUGUAGUUGUUCGCAAUGACUACGGAGAGGAGCACUGCGAGUGGCAGAAGCCAGAGCCUCUCAAGAACCCUAUCAGUCUGUUCGCUCAGCUUGGAUGGAAGGAUUGGCUAUACUUCCUCGUCGGUUUCCUCGCAUGGACUGCCGAUGCCUUCGACUUCCACGCCUUGUCGAUCCAGACAACCAAGCUUGCCGACUACUACGACACAUCCAACACUGCCAUAUCAACUGCUAUUACCCUAACACUGCUUCUCCGCUCUGUCGGUGCUGCUAUGUUCGGUGUAGCUGGUGACAAGUUUGGUCGCAAGUGGCCCAUGGUUCUCAACAUGAUCAUCUUGGGUCUUCUCCAGGUUGCUACAAUUUACGCUGGUACCUUCCAGCAAUUUUUGGCCGUCAGGAGUCUUUUCGGUCUCUUCAUGGGAGGUGUUUACGGAAACGCCAUCUCCAUGGCACUUGAGAACUGCCCUGUCAACGCUCGUGGUCUCAUGAGUGGUAUCUUGCAGCAAGGUUACUCAUUCGGUUACGUCCUUGCCGCGUGCGCCAAUUUGGGUGUCGGUGGCGCAACAAACACCUGGAAGACGGUGUUCUGGGUCGGUGCCGGUUUCUCUAUCGCAGUUGGUUUCAUCCGUGUCCUCUUCCCUGAGUCGAAGCAGUUCCUUGAGGCGAAGAAGGCCGGUCACCGAAAGGCGCCUGGUGCUUUCUGGGCCGAGACAAAGCAAAUGCUUCGCAAGGAGUGGAAGAUGUGUGUCUACUGCAUCAUCCUCAUGACUUGGUUCAACUACUACUCCCACACUAGCCAGGACAGCUACACCACCUUCAUGAAGGAGCAGAAGCAUCUCAGCCCCGCCGGUGCCACUCGCGCCUCUAUUCUCAUGAAGACUGGUGCCUGUGUUGGCGGUACUAUCCUCGGAUACACUUCGCAAUGGUUCGGUCGUCGCCGCAUGAUCGUCUGCGCUGCUCUCAUCUCCGGCUGCCUUAUCCCUGCCUGGAUUCUCCCCACUACCGAGGGUGGUUUGUCCGCAUCUGGUUUCAUGAUCCAGUUCUUCGUCCAGGGUGCCUGGGGAGUCAUUCCCAUUCACUUGAGCGAGCUGUCCCCACCUGCUUUCCGUUCUUCCUUCGUCGGUAUCACCUACCAACUCGGAAACAUGAUUUCCUCGCCCUCUGCUCAGAUCGUCAACGCCGUCGCUGAAGCCACUAUGAUCAACACUGCAAAGGGUGAGCAGUCGCCCGCUUACGGACCAGUCAUGGGUGUUGCUACUGCGAUCAUCGCUAUCGGUAUUGCAGUUACCACUGCUAUUGGUCCUGAGAAGAAGGGUCGUCACUUCGAGGAGGCUGGUCCUAUCGGUGCCAACAUUGAGCCUGUUAAGGACAUUGAGUCCGGCAGCAUUCACAGCGAGAAGGACGGUGCUAAGGCGGUUGAAGUCAUUGACGGCUCCAACCACAACGAGAAGGCUUGAGCGUAAUGCUCGCCUGGGUCUUGUCUGCAGUGCACAAAGUUUGUGCGCGGCGCGAGCCGUUGGGUUGAACCCAAAAUGAUGAUACCACACAGGUAACUGCGACCAUGAGAUAUGAUGAAUGAAUACAAACAUUAAACAAUAAACCUUUCCCACUUCCCCAAGCUUUCCUUGUGAUGUCAAUAACGAUCAUGUAUCACCUUCCAAUGACACAGAUCACGUCCAGCUUGUUUCAGGUCACAUGCCAUCCCUUCUGCAUACUCC